AGCAUGCGCAGUGUUCCCAGGCUGCAGUGCGGCGUGUCUUACACCAUGUAAAAUGAAAGGGUGGAUUAAAAACUUAAAAUUGAGAGGAGACGUUUGGAUUUCUGGAAGUUUUAUGAGCAGAUGGAACUGAAAACCUUUUCAGAAAAGAAAAUUUAGAGGCCGCGGCUCGCCAAGAAGCUGCUUAGUGUUGAUAUUUUAGCGGACAGCGUCUGAAAAUAGAUUCCAGGUCGCAACAUGGGGCGAAAGAAACCAGGCAAGUUUGUGCGACCAGACAGCAAGGGCAAAGAUAAACGGCAUAAAAUGAAGGGGAAAUCAUUGGAGACGUUUACUGAAGAAAUGCACUCUGCUUUGGAAGCCGGCCUCCACCCAGAGGAGGGAGCGGACGCUCCGCAGGUGAAGCUGCCAUGUCCCCUGGCCAUGUGGGAGUUGGGUCACUGCGAUCCCAAACGUUGCACCGGCAGAAAGCUGGCACGGAAAGGCUUCGUACGCAACCUGCGCCUCAACCAGAGGUUCAGCGGACUCAUCCUGAGUCCCAUGGGAACCAAGUAUGUGACGCCAGCAGACAGAGAGAUUGUGGCUCAGAACGGCCUGGCUGUGAUCGACUGUUCAUGGGCCAAACUGGACGAGACGCCGUUCAGUAAGAUGGUGGGCAGCCACCCCAGGCUGCUGCCGUACCUCGUCGCCGCAAACCCGGUCAACUACGGCAAGCCCUGCAAACUGUCCUGUGUCGAGGCGUGUUUGUGGUUUGCUGCAGGGUUUGAGGAACUGGCGGUUCUCCUGUUGAAGAAAUUCAAGUGGGGGACGGUGUUUCUUGACCUCAACAGAGUUCUUCUUGACCGCUACGCUGCGUGUCACUCUGAGGAAGAGCUGCUGUCUGUGGAGAAGGAGUUUCUCACGUCCAAACCGGAAGAAGAUGAUUUUGACCCAUUUGAUGUUAACUCCGGAGUGGAGUGUAGAAAUCUCAACAGACCUCUGAGUGUUGCUGAAGAUGAUGAUUCCAGUGAAGACAGCGACGCAUCAGAAGAAAACGAAGAGCCUGAAAACACAGAAACCAACGAGUCGACACUUUCACAGCAUCAAGAUGAAGAUGAAGACCAAUAACGUUUUCCAGAAAAGACUAGAAAAUCCCCUAUUUUUAUUUGUAUAGUACAUUUCAGUAACAGCACAAUUAACGUUGGAAUACUGUAAAUAAAUUAAAUUAAUUAAAGAUACAAUGAUUUUCAAACUAUGAAGCUAUUGUGUUGAAAAUGGAAAAUGUAGUUUUUUGUAGCAUGUAGAAACCAUGUAGACGUAAACUACAUGAGACUGUAAAAGUUAAUUAUUUAGAAAAAAACAUCAAAUCCACCAUUAUUUUCCCGGUUCUGUUAAUAUCAGCAGUGAAUACAUAAAUUCACCAAAAUUCCUUGACUUAUUAAAAAUAAAAACUAUUUAUAGCAAGUUUUAUCAACUAAAAUCAACUUUCUUAUGUGUGUAUGAAGCUAACUGAAGCUAACUACUCCAGAUUCCUUGGGGUAAAAAAGCUGAAUGUCAUCUGCAUAAAAAUAGAAUAUUUAAAACCAAUUUUUUGAUUUAAGUUUUAUUUGAUUUGUAAGAGCAAUUUUAAUUUUUUUUUUAUGCAUCUGGAUCACACUAGGAGUGGUCCAACUUAGGAACUACAUUAUUUAGACUUCAAAUCUGGACUAGAUUGUUGUACACUAAUAGCCUUUUGGUUUGUUUAGCCUUUAUUUGAUUUGUAAAAGUUUAA